GAUUCAACUUCAGCUCGGAGACGAGAGGGGAGUGGAAACUUAAAGGAGGUCCCACGCAAGACUUGCCUACCUUCCUUGAAAACUCUCUCUCGCCCGGAAUGUAAAUACAUCACGAAAAUGACCUAGAGUGCCAGUUGUAGUCGGUUGUUCUACCCAAGUCAAGCGCUCAGCCCCAAGCAGGACUUGAAUGCUCCUAAUACCAUUCACAGGCUGAUGUUAUACAAAAGCCACAACGCGGACAGCGUGUAACUCGCUACUGUAUUAAUAAUAAGGUCGCACCAACUCUCUCAACUCAUUUUUUUCUCUGGCAGUAAAUACUAGGACCUAAUGGUGCUGCCAACACAGACAUCGUGCUAAGUUGACAAAGGAUUUUUUUUUUAAAAGGCAAGAUUUUUUUUUGGCCAUUUCUCCCGGGGAACUGCUUUACCUGCUUAUCACGCUCACUGACAAGCGAGCCACAUUGCCUGACACUGAGUGAGUGAGUGAGUGAAGGAGAGAGAGAGAGGGGAUGGAGUCUCUGAUACCUGGUCCUCUGGCGAGAUGCUCCACUUCUUAGAGGCGUUUAGUCCAGUUGAGCCGAAGAGGCGAGAACGUUAAUAGACCGAGGACGUCAAGGCUGGCAGCAGUAACCUGAGAAGCAUUGUCUGCAGAAGCACCAUGAAGAGGUUGUUGCUGGUCGUGUUGUUGGCGCUGCUGGAGCCCGCGGCUGGCGAGGGGGAGCAUGGCGGCGGCGAGGAGGGAGAGGGGUCGUUCUUCCACACGAGCCGGCACAGGCGGGCGGCCGCCCCGACGAUGGAGAACAAGUGCUCGUACACCUUCAUCGUGCCGCAGCAGAAGGUGACGGGCGCCAUCUGCGUGAACUCGAGGCCGGAGCCGGUGGCGGAGAGCCGGGCCAACAGGCAGGAGCUGGAGGUGGUGACGGGCGAGCUGCUGAAGCAGCAGCGGCAGAUCGAGAGCCUGCAGCAGCUGGUGGAGGUGGACGGCGGCGUGGUCAACGAGGUGAAGCUGCUGCGCAAGGAGAGCAGGAACAUGAACUCGCGGGUCACCCAGCUCUACAUGCAGCUCCUGCACGAGAUCAUCCGCAAGCGGGACAACGCCCUGGAGGUGUCGCAGCUGGAGAACAAGAUCCUCAACCAGACGGCCGAGAUGAUGCAGCUGUCCAACCGCUACCGUGACCUGGAGCACAAGUACCAGCACCUGGCCCUGCUGGCCAACAACCAGACCUACCUGAUCGCCCAGCUGGAGGCCAGGUGCCAGCUGCUGCCCGUGGCCAGGCCCGUGCAGCCCCCGCCCCAGAAGCGCAAGAACCACCUCAUCACCACCAACGAGAUCCAGCGGGAUCAGAACCCUCAGGACAGGCGGCAGCUGGCAUUGAACCUGCUGCCCACCAUGCCACCUCUCCCUUCCAACAUGCCCACCAUCAACACCCCAUCGGGGCCGUGGAAGGACUGCAUGGAAGCGGCAGAGGAUGGCAGUGAGACCAGUGGAAUCUACCUGCUGACACCGGAAAACACCAACCGCCUGAUGCAGGUGUGGUGUGACCAGACCCACGACCCCGGUGGUUGGACCGUCAUUCAGAGGCGCCUGGACGGUUCGGUCAACUUCUUCCGCAACUGGGAGACCUACAAGCAAGGGUUCGGCAACAUUGAUGGCGAGUACUGGCUGGGUCUGGAGAACAUCUACUGGCUGACCAACCAGGCCAACUACAAGCUGCUCAUCACCAUGGAGGACUGGCAGGGCCGCAAGGUGUUUGCCGAGUAUGCCAGCUUCCGGCUGGAGCCCGAGACCGACAACUACAAGCUCCGGGUGGGCCGCUACCACGGCAACGCUGGCGACUCGUUCACCUGGCACAACGGGAAGCAGUUUACCACGCUGGACCGAGACCGUGACACCUACACAGGGAACUGUGCCCACUACCAGAAGGGCGGCUGGUGGUACAACGCCUGCGCCCAUUCGAAUCUCAAUGGCGUGUGGUACCGUGGCGGACACUAUCGGAGCAAGUACCAGGAUGGCGUGUACUGGGCAGAGUUCAGGGGUGGCGCCUACUCGCUCAAGUCCGUCAUUAUGAUGAUCAGACCUAACCCCAAUACUUUCCACUGAGACAACAAACCCAGGGUCCUGAAACAAUGGGAAGCAGAACUGAAAGGUGCCCUGUAUAUGAAAUCAGCCGUACAACAAGUUAUAUACCAAGCUGUGCUUAUUCUUCAAGAUGAAAAGAAUACUGUUUAUGUAUUUAUUUCCUACAAACAUAAAAAAAUUAUGUCAUGUAAGCAAACUUUUUUUUUUCCUUGCGUAACAGCAAUUGCAGGUAAAAAUGCUGAAUGCAGAUAUGUGCUUAGAAAUCUUCUUUAACAAAAAAAAUGGUACUAAAAAUUUAAAAAUG